CAAAGCUAAAGCCAAAACCAAAUCCAAAUCGAAAUCCAAACGGAAAUAGGAGCAAAAGCGAGAGCGAGAGCGAGGCAAGUGGCAACGAGGUGACGUCACACGCCGCUAACUAGGACACUCGUGCCGCAAAACGCAAAAUCUCGUUAGCCUGCACAUCCUUUGCAUCCGCUUUAACAUUCACAUCCGCGAAAUGGUCUCUCGGCUGGGCCAGCACUCGCUGCUGGCUGCGCUGCUCGUGCUGGCGCUGCAGCUGUCCAGCGUCUGCGGCGUCAUCGAUCGUUUGGUGGUGCAGACCAGCUCUGGCCCGGUGCGCGGUCGUUCCGUAACGGUGCAGGGUCGCGAAGUGCACGUCUAUACGGGCAUACCCUAUGCCAAGCCGCCUCUCGAUGAUUUGCGCUUCCGCAAGCCGGUGCCGGCCGAGCCCUGGCACGGCGUACUCGAUGCCACCCGCCUCUCGGCCACCUGCGUCCAGGAGCGCUAUGAAUACUUUCCGGGCUUCACUGGCGAGGAGAUCUGGAACCCCAAUACCAAUGUAUCCGAGGACUGCUUAUAUAUAAAUGUUUGGGCGCCAGCGAAGGCGCGUUUGCGUCAUGGACGUGGCGCCAAUGGAGCCGAGCACUCGGGCAACAAGCAGGCAGAUACGGAUCAUCUGAUACACAACGGCAAUCCGCAGAACACGACCAACGGACUGCCCAUCUUGAUAUGGAUCUAUGGCGGUGGCUUCAUGACCGGCUCGGCUACGCUGGACAUUUACAAUGCGGACAUCAUGUCCGCCGUGGGCAAUGUGAUCGUGGCCUCGUUUCAGUAUCGGGUGGGCGCUUUUGGUUUUCUGCAUCUGUCACCGGAGAUGCCGGCUGAGUUUGCAGAGGAGGCGCCCGGCAACGUGGGUCUGUGGGAUCAGGCAUUGGCCAUACGCUGGUUGAAGGACAAUGCGCAUGCCUUUGGCGGCAAUCCGGAGUGGAUGACUCUGUUCGGCGAGUCGGCAGGCUCGAGUUCGGUGAACGCACAGCUCAUGUCGCCAGUUACCAGGGGCGUGGUCAAGCGCGGCAUGAUGCAGUCGGGCACAAUGAACGCGCCCUGGAGCCACAUGACAUCCGAGAAGGCCGUCGAGAUUGGCAAAUCGCUGAUCAACGACUGCAACUGCAAUGCAUCCAUGCUGAAGACAAAUCCUACCCAUGUGAUGAGCUGCAUGCGCGCCGUGGAUGCCAAGACCAUAUCGGUGCAGCAGUGGAACUCUUACUCGGGCAUACUCAGCUUCCCAUCGGCGCCGACCAUUGAUGGCGCCUUCCUGCCCGCUGAUCCCAUGACACUGAUGAAGACAGCGGAUCUCAAGGACUACGAUAUACUCAUGGGCAAUGUGCGCGAUGAGGGCACCUAUUUCUUGCUGUACGAUUUCAUUGAUUACUUUGAUAAGGAUGAUGCCACGGCGCUGCCACGUGACAAGUAUCUGGAGAUUAUGAACAAUAUAUUUGGCAAGGCAACGCAGGCGGAACGCGAGGCUAUUAUAUUCCAGUACACCAGCUGGGAGGGCAAUCCGGGCUAUCAGAACCAGCAGCAAAUCGGACGCGCUGUCGGAGAUCAUUUCUUCACGUGCCCCACCAACGACUAUGCACAGGCGCUGGCCGAGCGAGGCGCCUCCGUGCAUUACUAUUACUUUACACACCGCACCAGCACCUCGUUGUGGGGCGAGUGGAUGGGCGUGCUGCACGGCGAUGAGAUUGAGUACUUCUUUGGUCAGCCGCUGAACACAUCUCUGCAAUAUCGACCAGUGGAGCGGGAGCUGGGCAAGCGUAUGCUGAAUUCGGUCAUUGAGUUCGCCAAGACGGGCAAUCCGGCACAGGACGGCGAGGAAUGGCCUAACUUUUCAAAGGAGGAUCCAGUGUACUAUAUCUUCAGCACAGACGAUAAAAUUGAGAAAUUGGCACGUGGCCCACUAGCAGCGCGCUGCUCCUUCUGGAACGAUUAUUUGCCUAAAGUGCGAAGUUGGGCAGGCUCAGACUGCGAUUCGGGCAGUGCUUCCAUAACGCCCCGCGUGCAGCUGCUUGGACUGGGACUCGUGCUCUACAUGUGCGCCGUGCUGCGGCUUAAAGGAGUUUUCUAAAAGAAAUUCUCACCACACCACGCCCCAUAAGUAAAAAUAUAAUGUUUAGCAACCGGAGGAGACAGCGAGCUGAGGAGAGAGCGACAGAGUUUUAGAAUUGGAGCCAUGCUUUUGUAACUUGGCCAAAUGAUUUGUAAAUGAAUUUAGUGUUGCAUGCAACUGCAUUGAGCGGGAGCAGGAGUUUGGCAUUUGUUGUAGUUGUUAGUUUAAACCACUUGCCAAGUGCAAGCAGGUAGACACUUUAGCACGCGGCUUGCCCCACACACAAACAGAGAGACACACAGACACACGCACACAUAUCAAGAGCAGCCACAGUAGCUGCGCGUACUUCUUUUAUUUCCAUAGAUACACACACAGUCACACACGCACACACCUUGAGACACUUUUGUAGCACGCCGCAGCAAUUUGCUUAGUUUGUAUAAAAAACAGAGACCCAAAAAGAGGCCCCAAAAACCCAGGCCCCAAUGAGACAUAAACCAAAAAAAGGAAGCUAAACUGAGAAAUUAAUCAAGCGAAAAAAAAAAAAAACAAUUUUGAUAAAUUGAACGUUUGUCAUGCCAGCCAGCCAGUCAGCCGGGCAUAAACAAUCCAAGAACAAGCAGAAAACCAAUUAUAUAAAUACUCGCUCAGAGUUUGCAUAUUUUGCCAGCUGGCAUGGGUCCAAAACUCUGCCCAGGCCGUAAACCCCAAAAUUUUGAAUUGAUUUUUUGAUAGACCCAAUGAAACUUGGCCAAAAAUGCAUUGGUUUCAGCUUUCCGUUGGGCAUGGUUCAUUAUUUUUGUCAUAUAUAUAUAUAUAUAUAUAUAUGUAUUUAAUCUUGGCAUAUAUAUUUCUGUUUUCUUUUGCACUUUGGGCACACCAAAAAAAGUUCUUAUGACGAAAUUUGGAAAUGAAAUAAAAAAGCAAACAAAAACAAAAAGAAACAAUUAGUAAAAUUUGUAUUGUUCAGAGGAUAUGAGAGAGUUUUAGUGAAAGAUUUGCAAGUUUUUUGUAAAAGGCAGCCCGCAAAAUGGAUUGAAAACUGAUUACUCGAAAAAUCGGUGGGAAAAUGAAUACGAAAAUCAAGUUUGUAGGAAACCUAAUGAAACAUUUAAAUGGCAAAACA